AUGUUCCACAAGAGCGCAAAGAGCUAUGCCCUGGUGACGGAGGCGAUGGUUCUAUUGCUAGUAACCGCGUGGGUCACAAUUCUAACACAUCAGAAAGAACAGGAAAAGGUUAAUACGAUGGUCUCGGUAUCAUGGGAGCAGCGACUACUUCAGACCAACACAAUGUCGCAUGUGCUGUUCAGCCUAAAUGUCUUAGGCGGGAGUGCUGUCCUAAUAUCAAUAUUUCAUCCAAAUGUGAUCUACCAACAACUGCAAGCGCUUUGCAGGAAUGAGCGCGAUACAGGGCUAGUAGUGGGUUGUCUGCUUCCUCCUCUAGUGCUUCUAAGUCGCUUAUUAAACGAAGUCGAUCUCGAAAGCAAAUUUUCUUCAAGAUUCAAUUUCUUUUACUCGUGGGUCACAAUAUCGUUUGGAUUCAGUGUGCUGCUCAAGAUUGCAGUCUUUAAGUCACUUACUUCACUUCGUGUCAAUGCUUUAGUUGAUGUCAUUUUGCUACCGAUGUUGUUCGGUUUGCUAAGUCCAAUCGAGUCCGCGUGGCGAUUUCUACUGGCUGCAACUGCACGAAUUAUUACAGCAGCUGUAUUAGCCACAGGUUUGAAGCUUUUACCUCGUUCAUUCACGAUAGGAGAGGCAAUUCUUGUUGCGCAAGGUAUUGGACUAUGCGCUUUCGAUCUUUUAGUGGUCACGAUGACAAAACUUAGUGAAAACAAUUUGAUGGCCUUAGUACUGCAAUCCUGGCGAAUCACAAGUGUAGAUCGGCCAGAUUAUGUCUUGGCACUGGAGGUUGGAAUGCUAGGAUCGCUCCUCGUGUGUAUGGCUUUGAUUCCACUAUUACGAGCGCACGGAACGCCCAUGCCAAGAACGAUUGCCAAGCCAAUGUCGUUCACUAAUACCGUGGUAUGUGUACUCAUAAUUGCGGCGAUGGUGGGCGGUGUGGUGUAUCCAUGGAGCUGUUUGUUAUUACAAACAAAGAAUCCGUUUGUAUGGUUAAUAAAGUUUCUCAUCAAGUCAAACAGCUCAUCAAUGCUGCCACCACGUAUCGGACUGAUGAUUUACUGGGCUAUUUGUCUUCUAGUAUUGGUUCCAUUGAUUCGAACUAUCUCUAAUUACCUCAAGCUCCGUAACAUCGUGGCAAGAAAAUUGUUUCACGUUUUAAUUGCUGUCAUGCUGGGACCCGCAUCGAUUAUUGACGUUCCCAUGCUAUCGUUGAGUUACGGUGUUGCGAUAAGCGUUUUUCUGAUUGUGGAAUGCGCGCGUGCCUUGUCGCUACCACCUUUUGGUCGUUCCAUUGCUGUGUUCAUGAGAUCAUUUAUUGAUUAUCGCGAAUCUGGUCGAGUGAUUUUGACUCAUUCCUAUUUACUGCUCGGUUGUGCAUUGCCGCUAUGGCUUGCGCCAUCUUUUGACUCGCCUUCUAUUCUUAUUAUAAACGCUGGAAUUGUGGCACUGGGAAUUGGAGAUGCAAUGGGGGCUCUUGUAGGUUCAAGUGUCGGCAGCUGCAGAAUCUUUGGCAACAAAACUGUGGAAGGAUCUACUGCAGUAUUCACCUCGAUGUUCUUUGCGUCAGUAUUGCUUCAGAACUAUCGCUUGCGAGUAUUGCUCGAAGCAGAUUAUAUGCAGGUGAUUUUGCUCACUGUUGCAGUUUUAUUGACGACGUUUUUAGAGGCCGCCACGGCUCAGAUUGACAAUCUGGUGCUACCUCUUUUCUUCUACGUAGUGUGUAAUCUCGUGGAGUGUCAUCGUCUGCUGUAA